AUGACUGACACGAACGAAAAUCCAGCUGCUGUGGCCAAUGGCGUUCGAUCCUCCCCUUCUCCCAGCAUUCCCAAUGGCAAACCUACCUCUCCCUUUGUCAAGGAGAGUAAUCCCAUGGGUGCCAACGCCGCCCAGACAGUGAGCUCAAAAGAUCCAAAGGCUGCUGCAGCGGCAGCAAACGAUAUGCGAAAUGUGGUCAGAAGGAAGUUGACAGGCUACGUUGGGUUUGCCAAUCUGCCGAAUCAAUGGCACCGCAAGAGUGUCAGAAAGGGCUUCAACUUCAACGUUAUGGUAGUCGGUGAAUCGGGCUUGGGUAAAUCUACAUUGAUCAACACGCUGUUCAACACAUCCCUCUACCCUCCACGCGAACGCAAGGGUCCCAGCCUGGACAUCAUCCCGAAGACUGUCUCUAUUCAGUCCAUCAGCGCCGACAUUGAAGAGAACGGGGUCCGCCUGCGCCUGACAGUCGUUGACACCCCCGGCUUCGGCGAUUUCGUCAAUAAUGACGACUCAUGGCGACCAAUCGUGGAGAAUAUUGAACAACGAUUCGAUGCCUAUCUGGAAGCCGAGAACAAGGUCAACCGCAUGAACAUCGUGGACAACAGGGUCCAUGCCUGCGUCUACUUCAUACAGCCCACAGGACAUUCUUUGAAGCCUCUUGACAUCGAAGUCAUGCGCCGCCUUCACACCAAGGUCAACUUGAUUCCUGUCAUUGCCAAGGCCGACACCCUGACCGAUGAGGAAGUGGCGGCAUUCAAGCAGAGAAUCCUCGCAGAUAUUCAGCACCACUCGAUCCAGAUCUUCGAGGGACCUCGUUAUGAGCUGGAUGACGAAGAAACCAUUGCCGAGAACCAGGAGAUCAUGUCCAAAGUGCCGUUCGCUGUGGUUGGCGCCAAUUACGAGGUGACCAAUCCGGAAGGUCGCAAAGUGCGCGGCCGCCGCUACCCCUGGGGCAUCAUUGAGGUUGAUAAUGAAGACCAUUGCGACUUCGUGAAGCUCCGACAGAUGCUGAUCCGGACCCACAUGGAGGAACUCAAGGAGCACACUAACAAUGUUCUCUACGAGAACUACCGAUCUGACAAGCUCAUCCAGAUGGGCGUGUCACAGGAUCCCAGCGUGUUCAAGGAAGUCAAUCCUGCGGUCAAGCAAGAAGAGGAGAGGACUCUACACGAGCAGAAGCUGGCCAAGAUGGAGGCAGAGAUGAAGAUGGUCUUCCAGCAGAAGGUUCAAGAAAAGGAAAGCAAACUGCAGCAGAGCGAGGAAGAAUUGUUCGCACGCCACCGUGAGAUGAAGGAGCAGUUGGAGCGUCAGCGAGCAGAACUCGAGGAGAAGAAGUCUCGCAUUGAACAAGGCCGACCGAUCGAGAAGGAGGGGAAGAGAAAGGGAUUCUCGCUCCGAUAA